AUGCCGUCCUCGGUCAAGGAGCGUGCUUCAUCACUGGGUACCACUGGUGAACUUGGCACAUCUGCGUACAAUCUUGCCAGAGGCCUUCGAGCGGUUUACUGCGGCAGUGCUUUCUUGCCAGCCUUUGUGCUGGAAGAAUGCCACGCAGCCCUCGACGAUAUUGGAUUCGAUUUUGUGCGAAAAUGCGUGGAAGCAAUUGAAGAAAAAGUUUCGCACUGCUAUGCUGGAAAUAGGCGGAAUGCGCAGUACUUUCGUUCCAAUGUAAAUACUGCUCGGAGUCUUUUGAAAUUCGAGAUUUGUGGGACGAAGAAUUGCGGGAUAUCGGUUUUCCGCACAGCUUAG